UUGUAUGUGGGAUAAAUUUAGAAAACACAUUCUAAUGUGGACCCCGGAAAGGAUUUUUUUCGAUCAUGAAGAAGUCUGGUUAAUUUGACUUAGUAAUCCAAGCUUUCCCACCUUGUCGUUACAGCAAAACCUUGCUUGGAAUAAUGAUUGCUAAGACUUUGGUCCAUUGGAUGCCAUGAGUGGCGGUGCUUAGAUAGCAAUACAGUUCAUCUUUUAAGCAAGAUAGGUAGUUUACCCUAGAACGAAAUGCUUCAAUUCAGAUGAGUUUUGAAGGAAGCGUGGGGUAUGCAAACAAUCAAUGAAAUUUAUAUGGGUUUUCAGGCUCACCAUACCCCUAAAAAAACCAAUGUGGUUUGACUAAUCUUGCCUAAAGAUUGCACGGGUAUUACUGCAAAAAUCUAUCUGGGUAGUCUAAUUUUGCCAAAAAAUUAGCUGGGCAUUGUAGAAUCGGUGAAUUUGGUAAACGAAAAGUGGAGUUGGAAUAAUUGUUUUGGGUUUUUUUCGCUGCAUACAGAUUGUUUUGAGAUACCCACUUAAUCAUAAUGGGGGAAUCCAGUUAUCUGGACAUCGAAAGAAGAGGAUCAAUUGAUAGCAGCCGAAGAGAUAGUAAAACGAUCCACCCGAUUCAUGAUUCUGCAAUGAGGGCUUCUGCGGUGCCAUACUAUGAUGACAGGUAUAACGGGAGGAAGAGGGGUGCCUGGCUUAUCACACUAUUUGUGGUAUUGAAUGUUGCAGUAUUCAUUGUGGCAAUGUUCAUCAAUAAUUGUCCCAAGGAUUCAGGACGGGACAACUGUACCAUCAGGUUUCUGGGAAGGUUCUCAUUCCAGCCCCUCAAGGAGAAUCCUCUGUUUGGCCCGUCAUCCUCAACUUUGGAGAAAAUGGGAGCUCUUGUUUGGAAUAAAGUGGUCAAACAGCACCAAGGAUGGCGCCUUAUCACAUGCAUUUGGUUGCAUGCUGGGGUAGUUCAUCUGCUUGCCAACAUGCUAAGUCUCUUGUUCAUAGGGGUUCGCCUUGAGCAGGAGUUUGGCUUCGUGAGGAUUGGAAUAGUUUAUCUUCUCUCUGCUUUUGGUGGUAGUGUGAUGUCAGCCCUUUUUAUCCAGAACGGUGUAUCAGUUGGAGCAUCUGGUGCUUUAUUUGGGUUGUUAGGAGCUAUGCUUUCAGAACUUAUCACAAACUGGACAAUCUAUGCCAAUAAGUUUGCAGCAAUUAGUACGCUGAUUCUCAUCAUUGUUGUCAACUUAGCUUUUGGGUUGCUACCUCACGUAGAUAACUUUGCCCAUCUUGGAGGGUUUUUAUCUGGAUUUCUUCUUGGAUUUGUGUUUCUGGUUCGGCCUCAGUUUGGAUGGGUAAACCUCAGGGAUGUUCCCCCUGGUUAUGGUACAAAUUCAAUUGCCAAAUCUAAGUACAAGCCAUACCAAUAUGUUCUGGGGCUGCUGGCUCUUCUUCUACUUAUUAUUGGGUUUACUGUCGGCUUGGUAAUGCUAUUUCGUGGAGAGAAUGCAAACAAACAUUGCAGCUGGUGCCAUUAUCUAGAUUGCGUGCCAACAAGCAGGUGGAAUUGUAACGACAGAACUAUUUCUUGCCAGGAAAUGGAUAGUGGGAAUUCAUUUACAUUGACAUGUGAUAAUGGCAAGACUAAAAUAUAUGACGCAAAUGCUUCCGACUCUAGAAAAAGACAGCUUUGUAUUCAACAAUGCUCCUAGUUUAAACUCCGUUGUGCGCUAUUAAUUCUUAGUUGAAAGAAUGGAGGGCAUGAGUUGGUGAUUGUUUUUUGCUGACCACAUUCUUAACUGCUUGUAAAUUAAAUAAGUGAUUGAACGCAUUGCCAUAUCGUAUAGGUAUUACUAUUCUUUGCUAGUAAUUAGUGGUUCAGAGUCCAGACAUUGAUACUGGGUGGGAUCCCUUUUUGUAUAGUUGUAAUAUUCUAUAUGUUUGUCUCUUUUCCAAUAAAUUUAGCAUACCCAGCUCAGCUUAUAUACUAAUGAAGCACUUGGAGACGCAUUGGUUGGUACAAGUUCAUGAUUGAACAUAAACUCAAUUUUGCGAAGAAACUAGUUCCAAUGAUGAUAAAAAAGGAGUUGGAUAUACAAUAUUUGUUGGGUGUAAUGUAGGAAGGUGUCUUGUGCAUUGGAUUUCCAAGCACAAUUUAUAUUGGUGAUACUGGUACCAUUCUCUACUCUUAUGGUAAGCAAAUACCAUGCUGUACUACUUUUGUAAGAAUUGCAGUGAUUGGCAGAUGUGGCUACUAUGUACCCCAACAGCCCCUAUCCAUGAAAGUGAUCACUUGUUACGUUGAAUGGUCUACAUGUAUAAUUUGCAAUUGGAUAUUUUUUUUCUAUUUAAAAUUGAAUGGGAUCCUUUGUACGGAUAACAGUUUUGAAUGA